AUGGAUCUGCGGAAGGCGCCGAGCAGAGGAGGAUUCGGAGGAGGGAACGCAUCAUCGUUCUUUUCGCGAACGACGAUAAUGAUCAACAACAAAGAAAAAACGAAUAACGAUUCGUUCUUGGAAGAAGCGGAGGAUGAUUUGAAAGGGGUGCGACGUUUCCUUCGUCUCUCCGAUAAAGACGAAGAAGACGAAGAAGACGACAGAGAGAAAGAAAAAGCCACUCGGACGCCCGAGGAGGAAAACGAACAGGAGAGAGACGUUCGCCGGUUUCGUCGACGCGGGAAAGGAGGCGGCAAAGAAGACAAAGAGCGAGACAAAGAACGGAUGAUGAAUGUCUCCUCCGAGAAGAAGAAGGCAAAGGAAGCAAAAAUUCCAAUGAAUAGACCUGCGAAGCAUUCGUCAAAAUUCGAAAAAAUCCAGUCGACGACGUGCGUCUUCGCGGAAGACGACACGUGCUUGAAAGCGUUGAAGUGCAAAGAGUUAGGCGUCCCUUUAUCGUACACGUAUAGUAAGACGAACAAGAAACGUCGUCUUUCGUAUCGGGUGCCGGAGAAUUAUCCGAAGUUUGCCGGACGGCGGUGUUGCGGGACGUGUUAUUAUAGGUGCGCGGCGAGGGAGACGAUAUGCGCGUUCGCGAAGGACGGGACGUGCGCGGUGGCGAAUAAACGGGAGAAGGACGGGAUGAAGGUGGCGUUUAACUAUUUGAAGUAUCGCGUGCCGAGUAAUCACGAGAAGUACCCGGGGAUGUGGUGCUGUAACUCGUGUUAUUACAAGAUUCAAGCGAAAGGGAAGUUGUGCGCGUUUGCGAAGGAGGGGACGUGUUUGAUUGCGAAAGAAAAGGAGGAGAAAGGGUUGGUUUUGGAGUACAGCAUCUUGCCGCAAAGAGUGCCGAAGACGCAUCCGAAGUACGGCGGGGAGAGAUGCUGCGAGACGUGUUAUAAUCGGUGUCUUGUGAAAGGAAAGGUGUGCGCGUUCUUGGCGAGCGGGGAGUGCGCGUACGCGAAGAAGCUGGGCGUCGCGGGGAAAGGCGGCAGCACCAAUAAGAACAAGAACGAGAACAAACGAGCGAGAGGAGAAAAUCAAAACGGACAACAAGAACAAGAACAAGAACAAGAACAAGAGUUGGAGUACAAACGCUUCCACCGCGUACCAAAAGACCAUCCGAAGUUCGCCGGUAAACUCUGCUGCAACCCGUGCUACAUCGCGUUCAAAGCGGAAGGCCAAAAGUGCGCGUUCAUGGACGAAGGCAAAUGCAGCUACGCGAGAAACGUGCGCAAUCACGGCAUCGCAGAGGUUGUGUACAAAAAUUUGACCUACCGCGUGCCUGCUUCGCACGACACGCACGCCGGCGAAAGGUGCUGCCGAACGUGUUACAGAAAAUGUUCCGAGCACGCGAAAGAGGUCAGAUGGGCGACUGUUUUGAGCAACUUGUUGGAAAAGAAUUGA